AUGUCUGAUAACGAACUAGACGGUGCAUUUGGUGUUUUUGAAGAGCCAACGGACUUUUUGCCACCUCCUCCUGAAGCUCAUUUCGCAGAUUAUGAAAGAGAAUACGUCUCCAAGGAAUCCGAUUCUCAAAAUAAAAAAGUACAACUGCGUCUAGUCGGUAAAUCACCACUUUGGGGACAUAUGUUGUGGAAUGCUGGUAUUUACACGGCUAAACACUUGGAUAAACAUCCGGGAUUGGUAAAAGGUAAAAACGUCUUGGAAUUAGGUGCUGCAGCCGCUUUGCCUACAGUUGUAUGUGGAUUGAUUGGUGCUAAUAAAGUGGUUUCCACUGAUUAUCCAGAACCAGAACUUAUACAAAAUAUUCAAUACAAUGUGGAUCAUGAAUUAUACGGUGGUAAACCUUUUUCACAAGAUUCCAAUGAUAGGAAAGUGGUUGUCGAAGGUUACAUCUGGGGGAACGAAUACGAACCAAUCCUAUCACAUACCGGUGGAUCCAAAUUCGAUUUAAUCAUUCUUAGUGACUGUGUUUUUAACCACACAGAACACAGAAAACUAUUACGUUGUAUCAAAGAUCUCUUAGCAAAUGAUGGGAAAGCUCUUGUCGUAUUUUCACCUCAUCGUCCCAGACUCUUAGAUGUAGACUUAAGUUUCUUUGAAACUGCCAAAGAAUUUGGACUUGCUCCUGAGUUUAUCGAUUUAGUCAAAUGGCAUCCAAUGUUUGAUGAGGACCCAUCUACAGCGGAGAUCAGAUCUCGUGUAUAUGCCUAUUACUUAACGCAUGCCAAAGAAUAG